AUAUUGGCGCUUUAAUGCUUAUGUUAGCAGUAAAUUUAUUCAGGCAAAACGAAGGCAGCAGAAGCUUCUCUAGGGGUCCUUUGUGACGCUUCCCACGUCGGUCCUCGGUUGUGAAAACGUGGAGUGCUCCUACUGAGGAAAUCAGGAGGGUCUUCUGUGAUUUGUCGACCUGAGAGAUGGAGUACAUGCAGGCUCCAGCUGCCAGCAGUCAGGGGAACAUCCUGUGCUGUACCUGUGGUGUCCCCAUUCCUCCCAACCCUGCCAACAUGUGCGUGGCCUGCCUGCGCACUCAGGUCGACAUCUCCGAGGGAAUCCCCAAGCAAGUCACGGUUCACUUCUGCAAGCAAUGUGAACGGUACCUGCAGCCUCCCGCCACCUGGAUGCAGUGCGCUCUGGAGUCGAGGGAGCUUCUCGCUCUUUGUUUGAAAAAACUUAAGAGCUCAAUGACCAAGGUGCGGCUUAUCGAUGCCGGCUUCCUGUGGACGGAGCCCCACUCCAAGAGGAUUAAGAUGAAACUGACCAUCCAGAAAGAGGUGAUGAAUGGGGCGAUACUGCAGCAGGUGUUCGUGGUGGAGUUUGUCAUCCAGUACCAGAUGUGCGACGACUGCCACCGUGUGGAGGCCAAGGACUUCUGGAAGGCAGUGGUUCAAGUGAGGCAGAAGACUGUGCAUAAAAAGACUUUCUACUACUUGGAGCAGCUGAUCCUGAAGCAUAAACUCCACCAGAAUGCCUUAAACAUCAAAGAAAUUCAUGAGGGCAUUGAUUUCUACUAUGGCUCCAAGCAGCACGCACAGAAGAUGGUGGACUUCUUGCAGUGCACCGUACCCUGCAGGUCCAAAGCAUCCCAGCGCCUCAUCUCUCAUGACAUUCAUUCAAACACAUACAACUAUAAAAGCACCUUCUCCAUGGAAAUCGUUCCUGUCUGCAAGGACAACGUGGUUUGUCUCCCACCACGGCUGGCGCAGAGCCUGGGGAACAUGGGUCAGGUCUGUGUGUGCAUCCGGGUCACCAGCACCAUCCACCUCAUCGACCCCCGGACCCUGCAGAUUGCAGAAGUGGAUGGGAACACAUACUGGCGUAACCCCUUCAACAGUCUCUGUAGCCCCCGGCAACUGGAGGAGUUCAUCGUAAUGGACGCCGACGUCAUCAGAGACCAGAAGCUGGGCGCUGGAGCUGGCACGAGGUCCAACAAGCACACACUGGCUGAGGUGUGGGUGCAGAAAACCUCGGAGAUGGAUUCGAGUCAGCAGUAUCACUGCCGUACAUUCCUGGGCCAUCUGCUUAACAUCGGAGACCUGGUGAUGGGGUACGAUUUUGCCAAUUCCAACAUCAACGAUGAGUACCUGAACAAAAUGAACCCACACCAUCUUCCUGAUGUGGUGCUGAUCAAGAAGAGUUAUGACCGCAGCAGGAGAGUGAAGCGCAGGAACUGGAAGCUGCAGGAGAUGGCCAGAGACCGGGAAGGCAUGGACACAGACGACGAAAGACAAUACCAGGACUUCCUGGAGGACCUGGAGGAAGAUGAGGCAUUGAGGAAAAAUGUCAACAUCUACAGAGAUGCCUCAAAGAUCCCAGUAGAGAGCGACACCGACGAUGACGGAGCGCCGCGCAUCUCCCUAAUGGAGAUGAUGGAAGAGCUCAGCCUGGCGGACGCUACCGGAGGAGAAGGUGCCGACAUGAUGACUGACUGACCAGCUCUUUCAUGGUUCUGCCUGGCCUUGACAUUGAAUGUGUCAGAUUCAUAUCUGCUGAUGGAAAAAGCGACUACACACAUCCCGCAGCAUAUUAAGGACAGAGAAUGUCUGAUGAGGCAGUAAAGAGUUUUUUGAACUGUGGUGCAAUGAUUUGUAACCCCACCGAGGCUCAAAUAGUCUUUUACUAAGAAACUAGCCUUUCAGUCUCACAUUAAUUAAAUGAUCUCUGUACCUGUAAAUACUCCAUCUAAAAUCCAAAUGAUAAAUAUACUUUAUCAAAAUAAAUGUGACCUUUA